CUUGUAGGGAAAAUGGAAGCGCCAGAUAGUGAAGCCGCCACAAGUCAGGUCAAAGUGAAGUGGAAAAGGACGAGGUCAGGAUGCUUGAAGUGCCGUCGCCGUCGCCGGAAGUGUGAUGGAGCCCGCCCACAUUGCAGGAAUUGUCAAGUUCGGGGAACGACUUGCCAAUGGGGGCUCAGGGCUUUAUUCCACCAUUCGCGUAACCUCAAGUUAUCUCAUAGCGAAUUUGCGUCCUUGUGCCCUGGCGGAAGGCAACAUGAUUCUUCGCCAGUUCCGACGCAAGGUGUUAUGAGGAUAAUCGAUGAAUCGAACUCAAUUGCUAGUCAAUAUCAUGUCCUUCGAGACACUUAUGCGUUUAAUUCUGAUUUAGACCAAUCGGACGCAGUGGAUGGAUCGGAGAAGAAUGACAACGAUGUCUUAAACGAAGACAAAUCCAUAAUGAACAGUCCUGCUGCGCCGACAACGUUAACUACGUAUAGCAGUCGCUCUGACGGGGGCGCAAGCACGCCGGAUAUUCCCUACUUUCAUUUACAAGAGUCUUCUACCUCUCGUGCCACAGGAACCGAGGUCAAAUUGACGCCUUCAUACCUAAGUGUCAGUGAUCUAUGUCAGUCCAGCACAGAACUCGCGCCCUCACUCCAGCCCGUGGUUCGGGAGUAUACGUUCUCCCCAUUUUCCAAUACUCACCAUUACCCACCACAUGGCACGCACAGUAUAGUCACGAAUACAACUGAGACGUUUAUUCCACCUUUCUCGCUUGGUCUAGGUGUUUCUCAGGACCAACCGCGGCCGCCUGAGCCAUUUUUGCCUGUGAGUUCCUCGGAAAAAGCUCGUUUGCUUUCUUCGUAUAUCAAGGAGACGGGAACAUGGUGUGAGACAACCGACUCAAAUAUGCAUUUCACAAUGAGAUCCUUGCAUUCGAUGGCUGAGUCCGCGGCUUUUGUAGCCGCUGCAAUGUCUCUUGCUUCUCGUCAGCAGGACCACGUCGCAAAAGUACAGCGCCCAGUCACUUUAGAACUGUACCAAUAUACAAUCAAGCACCUUCUACAGCAGGACCCUGCAACAGCAGGGGUGGCAAUUCUCGCAACCUGCACUCUGCUGUGCGUUUACGAAAUGAUGGCUUCGAGUGUCCAUGACUGGAGGCGGCACUUGAAGGGAUGCGCUGGUCUUCUUCUAGCAAAGAAAUGGAAUGGAUCUAGCCAGGGAAUUGUCAAAUCUUGUUUUUGGGCAUUCGCUCGAAUAGAUAUAUGGGCAGCCUUUAUCAGUGGCAAGACGACAUUGAUACCUGCGGAUUUCUGGUUAGAUGACACCUCAAUCCAGUCAGCCAUGCAAAAGGAUGUGGAUGACUACUGUAAUCUUGCCAUAUUUAUAUUUGCCCAGAUUAUCAAUAUGUUUGCUGAACCCAAAUUUGGUACAAGAGAAGCUAGGCCUACAUAUACCGUCUCUGUUUCUAAGCUGUGGGGAAAGCUCCAAGCAUGGUAUCGGCUCCGUCCCCGGGAAGUGUGUCCGUUGCUGCGGGCCACAUGCUCUCCUCCCAAGGUUUUCCCGGACAUAAUAUACACUUCAUCAUCUGCUAGUGAGUCCCUCACUUUCUCUUUCUACAAAUCUUCAUUCUGAACUUUCUUAUUUUGUGGGAAUACCUUUUAUCAUACUGGGUGCAUGCUCCUCUUACAAACUGGCCUCGUACCGGAAUCGGAAAUCCCGUCUCUGCUUGUCGAAGACGUUGUA